AUGUCUGUCAUCCGCGAUACCAUCACCCUACGCUCAUCCAUUUUCGACUACGAGUACGAGAACGGCCGACGCUAUCACGCCUACAAACCCGGCAUCUACCUCCUCCCCAAUGACGAUCGGGAGCAGGAACGCUUAGAAUCCACUUACCACAUCUGGAACCUCGUCCUCGGCGGGAAUUUGUGUCUAUCGGAGCUCUCCAAUCCACGCCGCAUCCUCGACAUAGGUACGGGCACGGGCAGUUGGGCCAUGGAUAUGGGAGACCAGUAUCCCAACGCCGAAAUCAUCGGCACCGACCUCUCCCCCAUCCAGCACGAAGAGGUGCCGAGCAACGUCCGCUUUGAGAUUGACGAUUGCCGCGACCCUUGGCUGUACGAAGAGGACUACUUUGACUUCAUCCACAUCCGCACCCUCGCCGGCGCCAUCCAGAACUGGCCGCGGCUGUUGGAGCAAUGCUAUCGCCAUCUCAAGCCCGGCGGCAAGCUAGAAAUCUCCGAGGGCCGCGCCAACUUUUGGUGGAAGAACGACACCGUGCCGGAAGACAGCUACACUUACCGGUGGCUGAAGGAAUGGCGGCGUCUGGCGCCCCAGGUGCAAUUCGACAUCUUCCCCUUCCUUCCCGACAUGCUUCGCGAACUCCCCUUCACCGGUCUUAGGCCGCUGGAGAAGCUGGUGCCGCUGGGUCCCUGGCCGCACGACAAGAAACUGAAGGAGAUUGGCGGGGAGUUCCUGUCGCUCUUCCUUGACAACACCCUCGAAGCCUUUACGCUCGCCCUCUUCACGCGCACCGGCGGAUGGAAGCAGCUGGAACUCGAGGUUCUCCUGGCUCAUGUGAGGCAGGAGCUGAUGACCGGCAAGAUGCAUUUGUACACCUUUUGGUAA